AUGGCUUCGACGCAUGUUCUUAAGAAGAACUACCGCUGCGACCGCUCCCUGCAGCAGUUCUACACUGGCGGGCCCUUUGCGGUCGGGCUCGCCCCCGGCGGCGACGGCGAUGGCGGCGCCGAGGCUGAGACCUUCCUCGCGUGCGCGUGCGGUGGGGAGGUGCGCGUGGUGUCCGCCGCGGACGCCUCCGCCAUAGGGGAGCCCAUCGACGGCGACUCGGAGGCCAUCACCGCGCUGGCGCUGUCCCCCGACUCACGGCUCAUCUUCGCCGCGGGGCACAGCAGGCUUAUUAGGGUCUGGGACCUCGCGUCCCGAACUUGCAUACGCAGCUGGAAGGGACAUGAUGGUCCUAUCAUGGCCAUGGCAUGCCAUGCUUCUGGUGGUUUGCUUGCAACUGCCGGAGCAGACAAGAAGGUCUGUGUAUGGGAUGUCGAUGGUGGAUUUUGCACCCAUUUCCUUAGAGGCCAUACAGGCGUUGUGACGACCAUUAUGUUCCACAAAGAUCCAAAGCGCCUUCUGUUGUUUUCAGGAAGUGAAGAUGGCACCGUGCGAGUGUGGAACCUUGAAACCAAAAAAUGUGUUGCUGUGCUUAAAGAGCAUUUUUCGGCAGUCACUUCAUUGACAUUGUCUGAUGAUGGACAAACAUUGCUCAGUGCUGGGAGGGAUAAGAUUGUUACUGCAUGGGAUAUUCGUAAGUACAGCUCAAAGAAGACAAUACCGACAUAUGAAAUGAUAGAAGCUGUUUCCUUCAUUGGAUCAGGAAGUGAGCUCUUGGCUUGUUUGGGCAUAGAACUGGCAAAUAUAAAGGAGAAAGCGGCCGGUUAUUUUCUUACAGUUGGUGAACGUGGGGUUGUGCGCAUCUGGUGCUUGGAGAGUUCUCUUUGCGUGUUCGAGCAGCAAACAUCUGAUGUAACUGUUAACUCAGAGAACGAGGAAACCAGGAGGGGCUUUACAUCUGCUGUUAUGUUGCCAAAUGAUCAAAGAUUACUCUGUGUUACUGCUGAUCAGCAGUUUUUGUUCUAUUGUCCCAAAAGAACUGAUGAUGGGACCUUUGAACUGUCCCUAUAUAGACGACUAAUAGGUUAUAAUGAUGAGAUUCUUGACUUGAAGUUUGUUGGGGAGGACGAACAAUAUCUUGCUGUAGCUACCAACUUGGAGCAGGUCCGUGUUUAUGAUGUUGCGUCAAUGUCAUGUUCUUAUGUACUUGCUGGCCACACUGAAAUAGUUGUUUGCAUUGACACCUGUGUCUCUGCUUCCGGGAAGACACUUGUUGUAACUGGGAGCAAGGAUAAUACUGUGAGGUUAUGGGAUGCUGAAAGAAAAAGCUGUAUUGGCAUUGGCAAAGGCCAUCUGGGAGCUGUUGGUUCUGUUGCCUUCUCAAAGAAAACAAAGAACUUUUUUGUUAGUGGCAGCAGUGAUCGAACCAUCAAGGUAUGGACCUGGGACAAUACACUUAGUGAUGCUGAAGAUGAAGUCCCUCUUAAAGCAAAGGCUGUUGUAGCUGCACAUGAUAAAGAUAUUAAUUCUCUGGCAAUUUCACCUAAUGAUGGCCUUGUUUGCAGUGGUUCUGAGGACCGAACUGCUUGCAUAUGGAAACUCCCUAACCUAGUGUCCUCUAUUGUCCUUAAGGGACACAAAAGAGGAAUCUGGUCAGUUGAGUUUUCUCCUGUUGAACAAUGUGUCAUGACAUCCUCUGGUGAUAGAACAAUCAAAAUAUGGUCCGUUGUUGAUGGCUCAUGCUUGAAGACAUUUGAGGGAAGUGAUGGCCUAGUGAAGUUAUGGACAAUCAAGACAAAUGAAUGCAUUGCUACUUAUGAUAAGCAUGAUGGGAAGGUCUGGGCAUUGGCUGUUGGCAUGAAAACUGAAAUGGUUGCUACUGGUGGAACUGAUUCUGUCCUCAACCUGUGGCAUGAUUGCACCAUGGAAGAUAAGCAGGAAGAUUUCCGUAAGAAGGAGGAAGAAGUUUUAAGAGGCCAGGAAUUGGAAAAUGCUGUGUCAGAUUCUGACUAUGCAAAGGCAAUACAACUUGCAUUUGAGCUUAGAAGACCACACAGGCUUCUAGAUUUAUUCUCACAGCUUGCCAGGAGAGCUGAUGCAGAGGAUCCAAUAGAAAAGGCUCUUCUUGGUCUUCCAAAGGAUGGCCUCCGCGUGCUUCUUGAGUAUGUCCGUGAAUGGAAUACGAAGCCCAAGUUCUGUCAUGUUGCACAGUUUGUGCUUUUUCAGGUAUUGAGGAGUUUCUCUCCCACUGAUAUCCUGGAGAUCAAGGGCAUCAGUGAGCUCCUUGAGGGCCUUAUUCCGUAUUCGCAGAGGCAUUUCAGCAGAGUCGAUAGACUAGUCCGAAGCACGUUUCUGUUGGACUAUACACUGAUGCGAAUGUCCGUGGUAGAUCCAGAUGUAGAUGCGGGCACAAUCAAAGAUGAAAUGAAUGGUUCAUCUGUGGAGAACGGUGAACUUGCAGAGCCUCGGCCUGCUUCACCUGUACCAGAGAAGUCAAGCAAGAAGAGAAAAUCCAGGAAAUCAAGUAAAAAGGGCAAGGAGAAGAAGGUGAAGGUUGCCUCGAGUGGACACAGCAAUGAUGUCUCUGUUGAAGCCUGA